AUGAAGGUCUCUCUCUUACAUUUAAUAGGUUUUCUUCUUUUAGGAGGGGUGCUCCCUAUUCAUGCUGCUCUCAUCAGUCGACAUAAGUUUGUGUUGACAGAUACUCCAUACACAAGGCUAUGCAGCAACAAGAGCAUAUUAGUAGUAAAUGGACAAUUUCCAGGGCCAACUAUAAAUGCCACUGAAGGAGAUACAAUAGUGGUCGAUGUAUAUAACCAAGCAAGAGAAAAUGUAACCAUUCAUUGGCAUGGAGUCAAGCAACCUAGGUAUCCGUGGUCAGAUGGCCCUGAGUAUAUUACUCAGUGCCCCAUUCAACCAGGUUCAAAUUUUAGCCAAAAGAUUAUACUUUCGGAUGAGAUAGGAACUUUGUGGUGGCAUGCUCACAGCGACUGGUCGCGUGCCACCGUGCACGGCGCUAUCAUCAUAUAUCCCAAGAAGAAAAAUAAUUAUCCUUUUCCUAAGCCUGAUGCAGAAGUGCCCAUCAUAUUAGGGGAAUGGUGGAAGAGUGAUGUACAGACAGUUCUUACCGAUUUCCUUAAUGAUGGAGGGGGUCCAAAUGAUUCUGAUGCUUUCCUCAUAAAUGGUCAACCUGGUGAUCGCUAUCCAUGCUCAAGAUCAGAUACAUUUAAGUUGACGGUGGAAUAUGGGAAAACUUAUUUGAUUAGAAUGAUUAAUGCAGUCAUGAACAAUAUUAUGUUCUUUUCCAUUGCAAACCACAGUGUCACAGUAGUUGGAUCGGAUGCUAGCUACAUAAAGCCAAUCGAAAGUGAUUAUAUUACCAUCUCUCCCGGACAAACCAUUGAUUUUUUGUUGAAAGCUAACCAAAAACCUAGUCACUACUACAUGGCUGCCCACGUUUAUGCUAGUCUACCAGGCUUCGACAACACAACCACAACAGCAAUUAUUGAGUACGAAGGAAAUUAUACCUCUCCAUCGUCGCCAUUGCUUCCAAGUCUUCCCAUGUUCAAUGAUACAAAUGCUUCAGUAAGUUUCACAGGAAGAUUCAGAAGCUUAGGAAAUAAAGAUUAUCCUGUCGACGUUCCUAAAAAUGUGACGAAUAUGAAUCUCUUUACAUUUUCUGUCAAUACGGUCCCUUGUUUUAAUAAUUCUUGUGAUGGGCCUUUGGGUCAGCGCUUACUAGCAAGUGUGAAUAACAUAACCUUCGUGCAGCCUAGCAUUGCCAUUCUUCAGGCUUAUUAUCAGCGCAUCAGAAAUGUCUACGGUGAUGACUUUCCUAGUAAUCCCCCAUUUACUUACAAUUAUACUGCAGAUAUUGUCCCUCAAGCCCUAUGGACGCCUCGAAAUGGCACAGAAGCAAGAGUUCUUGAAUAUAAUUCUACAGUUGAGAUUGUUUUCCAAGGAACAAACGCAGUUGGAGGAAUAGAUCAUCCUAUACACUUACAUGGACAGAGCUUUUAUGUAGUUGGGUGGGGAUUUGGGAACUUUGAUAGAGACAGAGAUCCAUUGAAUUAUAAUCUUGUCGACCCUCCUUUAAUGAACACAAUAGCGGUUCCUAUAAAUGGUUGGACAACAGUAAGAUUCAAAGCAAGUAAUCCUGGUGUCUGGUUGUUGCAUUGCCAUUUAGAACGCCAUGUAAGUUGGGGAAUGGAGAUGGUAUUCAUUACCAAAGAUGGCAAGGGAAAAGAAGCUAGAAUGUUGCCUCCACCUCCAGACAUGCCUCCAUGUUGA